UUUUAAAAGUACGGAAAUGAGCGUUUGAAAUCUGGCAACACCGGUGGCCACUGUAACAAGUGUUAUGUUAUCCACGUGCGAUGCAUUGUUUAUGUUUAUGGGCUGCACAAAACGUGUUUUGUGAUGGGCUGUGCGUUUGAUCAUAAACAAAAAGUCUGUAAUGGAUAUUCUUCGUCAAAUUCGUUCCGAGUGCCCUCAUGCGCCCAGUUUAUUAGUGCUUUCAAUUGUUUCCAGUGUACCUGCAUACUUUGUUUUGAGGUACAUGCGAUACAAAGCUAAUAAGGCAUUGAAGAAAAAGGUUGUAGAUAAUUACUGGUAUAAACCUGUACAUUUUUCGGUCGAUAAUUACAAUUGCAAACUUCACAUUUACAAGAGCCGUCCCUGCCAACAGACAUGCGCUUACUUUGACUUUCAGCGAAUUGUUGAGUUUGUUAAAACUGCAAGAUACACGUUGUGUUUGUGUAUAUGCUUAUUAACUUCGCAAGAAAUUCAAGAUGCUCUAAUCCUCAUUCAUGAAAGAGGAGUUAAAGUUCGUAUCAUAGUGGAUAAAACAAUGGCAGAGAAUAAGGCAGCAAGAAUUAGGCAUCUUCAAGCUGCAGGUCUAACCGUUAAGACACAAAAAUCUUCAGACGAAGUCAUACACCACAAGUUUUGUUAUGCUGAUGAAAACUCACUUAUGAAGCGUAAAAUGUUCUUUGGAACUUUAAACUUAACAAUUCAAGGAAUGACCGGCAACUGGGACAGUCUGAUCUUUACAGAUAAUCCCUACUUGAUCGGGCAAUACCACAAAGUAUUUGAGGACUUGUGGAAGAUUACUGAAGAAUACUAAAUUAUUCUUAAUUUAAUAGUUACAUAUUUUUACAUUAAAAUUAAUGAUUACAGUGUG